AACCACUGAGUCAAGGGGGUGUCUAGUUGUUCAAGAGUACGUGGCACUGGCUUACAAAAGAAGCGUCCAUCUGUAUUUGUGUUGAUUCUCAUCCACCAUAAUCAUUGAUCCAUCCCUUCACAACGGUCUGCAACAAGGUAUAACAAUGUACGUAAAAGACAGCAUUUUCGUUUCCAGAACUAUGACCAGGACAGUGCACGUUUAAGGUGCACUGGCAGGACCACAAGAUGCAUGCUGACAAACCGUCCGAGACAAAUGGAGAAGACAAACAGGGUACAACGCUAAGACAACGAAUUCCAGCGAGGGCUUCCAGUGCAAGAUCCAAAACCAUGGUGCCUAAGAUUGAGCUUGAGAUUAGCCCUACGAUGGAUGAGGCCAGACAACAUCACAUCGCAGAUGUUCAUCCAAAUAAAGACAGUGCACCAUCCACUCAGGAUGGUGUUUGGAAUGGUGAUGUUAGUCGCCCUAAAGACACAGACCAAGGAGGUGGUUUAGGUGCCACUGCAGGCGCUAUCGAUGAUGAUGGUGUUGAUGAUGAGGCGGAGGUAGAGACCUCCUUCACUGUGCCUCUUCUGCGGAGACAUUCAGAGGAAGAUGAGGAAAGUGUGGGGCAUGAGGAAGUGGGCGUGGUUGGCCACGAGGAAGAGUCGUCAUUCAGCAUCGCACUCCAGGUUUUCUUGCCGUUUCUUAUUGCUGGAUUCGGUACGGUGGGUGCAGGAUUGGUUCUCGACAUGGUACAGCAUUGGCCAGUGUAUACCACCGUCACUGAGGUCUUCAUCCUAGUGCCUGCUCUUCUUGGUUUGAAAGGCAAUCUGGAGAUGACCCUUGCUUCAAGGCUCUCCACUGUAGUUAACCUUGGCAGUAUUGAUGAUAACAAGGAGCUAUGGAGAAUGAUAGGUGGAAACAUGGCCCUUACUCAGUGCCAAGCUAUUGUGGUUGGAUUCUUAGCAUCUAUGGCAGCAGCACUGAUGGGAUAUAUACCCGACGGAGAGAUCAACAUUUAUCACAUUUUACUACUAUGUGCUAGCAGUCUGGUCACAGCCUCACUAGCCAGUGGCAUACUAGGAACUAUAAUGGUAGCCGUUGUUCUGAUAUCUAAGAAGUGUCACAUUAAUCCAGACAAUGUGGCUACACCUAUAGCAGCUAGCCUCGGAGAUCUCACCACUCUUGCCUUACUCUCCUGGAUUACCAGUAUACUCUAUAGGGCAAUAGGUGAUGAUGACCAUCAUCGGCAACCUUGGCUGGCGCCCUGUAUAAUCUUAUUCUUCUUGAUGUUGGUACCCCUAUGGGUGUAUUUAUCCCAUCACAAUAAGUACACCCAUGAGGUGCUGUAUCAUGGAUGGAGCCCGGUCAUCAUAGCUAUGAUGAUCAGCAGCUGUGGUGGCCUAGUCCUAGAUGUUGCCAUCAGACAGAAUGCAGGUGUCGCUGUCUUCAGCCCGGUCAUCAACGGUGUAGGCGGUAACCUAGUAGCCGUCCAGGCCAGUAGAAUAUCAACACAUCUCCACAGGCUAGGCAAGCCUGGUACCCUACCUCCUGGACGGAAGGGACUGUGCCUUAAUCCAAUUAAAGUAUUCUUAGGCUCGGACCAGCAUGCUCGUUCGUGUCGAGUCCUAUUCCUGAUGGUCGUUCCAGGGCAGCUGAUUUUUCUCUUCUUUAUUUCAAUUGUCAAAGCUGGCCAUACGUCCAUUACCAUUAGAGUGACCAUCAUGUAUCUAACAGUUGCAUCUAUUCAGGUUGGAGUACUCCUUUUUAUCGCCAACUGGCUCGUCCAUUUCCUCUGGAAGAAGUCCAUGGACCCCGAUAACUUCUCCAUCCCAUACCUGACUGCCGUUGGAGAUCUCCUGGGCACUGCUCUACUUGCCUUGGGCUUCUACAUCACAUGGUUGCUUGGAGACAGAGACAGCGAUGUUGGAGAUUAGAGAACUUAAGGUUUGACAUCAUCUACACAUUAAAGGCAGUGGACACUAUUGGUAAUUACUCAAAAUAAUUAUUAGCAUGAAA